CGCACGAGGAGCGAGCAGCUCAGGGCGGCGCUCAGCGGCCUCGGCCCCGUCUUUGUCAAGAUCGGCCAGACGCUGUCGCAGAGGCCGGAUCUCAUAGGCGAGGAGGCGGCGGAUGCGCUCAAGUCUCUGCAGAUGCAAAACGCUCCUUUUCCGGAUGAAGUCGCGUGGAGGACCAUCGCGGAGGAUCUUCAGCCGCUGUUUAAAGAGUUCACGGACGGCCCGAUCGCCGCCGCGUCGUUGGGGCAGGUGUACAAGGCGGUCACGUGGGACGGGGUCGAGAUGGCGGUCAAGGUGCAGCGCCCGCGCGUGAUGCGACAGGUGGCGUUGGACUGGACCGUGUGGUCGUUGUGCCUCAGCGCCCUGAAGCGAGCGUGGGGGAGCAAGGCAAACCUGGCGGAGAUCGCCGACGAGGUGGGCGUGGGGGUCUUCAAGGAGCUGGAUUACGUCAACGAGGCGAGGAACAUGGACGAGUUCAACGCCAAGCACAAGUGGCUCGGAUUUGUGAGGGCGCCCAAGUGGUACCCGGAGUUCACCGGCGCACCCGGCACCGCGAAGGUGCUCGCCACCGAGUGGAUCGACGGGAAGCAGAUAUCGGAGCUGCCCCCGGAGCAGCGGCUCGUGAUGGCGCAGAUGGCGGUCGAGGCGUGCGUGGCGCAGCUCACGUACACAGGGUUCGUCCACGCCGAUCCCCACGAGGGUAACUUACUCUUAGACCAGAAGGACGGGAGCCUCGUCUUCCUCGACUUUGGUUUGGUGUCCACCGUGGAGGAUAACAUCAUGGAGGGGUUCGCCAAGGGGAUCCAGUGCAUGAUCGCCGGGGACUGGGUCGGCCUGGCGUACGUCUUCAGGGACGUGGGAAUGUGCCCGCCGGAUAACUUUUACCGAAAAGAAAUCGUCCCGGGGGAAAAGUUCAAGAAACUUGUGGCGGUGUCGGCGGAGGAGAUGGCGGCGGCGAUCGACGAGGCGCUGUCGGGAGAGGAGGGCGGGCAGAGCCGGUUCGGCGCGCUCGCCACGGGUUUGGGCGCCAUGAGCGGCACCUACAAGUUUCUCACCCCGCCGUACAUCGUGCUCUUGGUUCGCACUUUCCUCACCCUCGAGGGCAUCGCCGCGAAGGCUGAUCCGGACUUUAACAUCUACACCGCGAGCUUGCCCUACGCGAUUCGCAGGGCGAUGGCGCCGGCGACGCCCGAGGGGCGCAAGGCGAUGCGCGCCGCGUUCCUCAACGAGCACGACAACUCCGUCAGGUGGGAAAGAAUCACCGAGCUCGUC